AUGGAAGGGGUAUUGUCGCAAUUGAUUCUUGAAGAUGCUGAAACUUCAAGUACUUUGAUCUUCGCCCUUGAUGUUACUGCGAGAAGGUAUUUUGAAAAUGACCUAAACUGUUCAACGGGUACAAUGUCCAGUAUUCGAGCCAUGCUUAAUGCUAGGGAUCAAAUCAAAGUGCUUUUUUUGAGCAAAUUGCAGUAUUUAUAUAUGUACUUGACGAAGUUUGAGGUAAGUGAGGUAAGUGAGAAGCUGUCUUUUGGGAAUUUGAUCAUAUAUGGCAUGGACGAGGCUCUUGGCCCAAAGGAAAAAUCGCUCACUAUUGAACAAACCAGGUUGGCCAAUCUCAUUUUCAAUGUGGCUUUCAAGAUAAAGGAACGGUACCAGAUGAAUGUUCAAUUCGUACCAAGCCAAGAAGAUCACCACGAUGACCUUGGUAAAUUGGAGCAGUACUGGCGUGAGAUUACUUAG